UCGUGAUAUUGAAGUGAGAAAACAAAAUUCUAAGUAGCCUUUUCUCCAACGUACCCAAUUCUUUUGGUGCUAUGUUUCAUUCUUGAGUAUAAAUACAAGGCUUUCAAAAGGGGUAUAUGCCAUCUUAUCAUCAUCAUUCACCAAAACAUACAUAUAGCAGCAAAGAAAAAAACAUGCAGCAUCAUCAACAGGCUGUGUAUCAACUCUUCAUAGUCCUAGCAACAACAGUAUGGCUGCUACACUUCUCAGAGGUUGCAGCAGCCACACGUAUCGCGAAACCAGGGUGUAAGGAUCAUUGCGGAAACAUUAGCAUUCCUUACCCCUUCGGCAUUGGUCCCAACUGCUAUCACAAUCCUUGGUUCGAAGUCGAGUGUGAUGCUACAUCUUUCACGCUCAAGAUGCUCCAAAUUACAGGCAAAGAAAUAAACUGGGAUCCUCUUACAGAAGAACGAACAUUCGUUACACUAAAUUCUUGUGAAAGAUACUGUGUAAGAGAUGGAUCUCCUGAAACAGUUGUUAUUAAUGAUUCAUACAACAUGAUAGGAAGUCCAUUUCUGUAUUCAAAGAAGCAUAAUGUGCUAGUCGUAAAUGGUUGUGGAGGCGGGAUAGUUUUAAGAGAUAGGAACAAUCAGACAAUUGCAGGGUGUGCAGCAGUCUGUGUUACUAAUUCUACUAGGCCAGGACUAGAAUGUUAUGGAGUUGAUUGCUGUCAAACUACGAUUUCGCAUUCGAUUGAUUAUUAUGAAGUAGAGGUUGCAAGUAUGGGGACUACUCGUGUAAUUGGUGGUGGGUGUGUUAGAUCAGUUUUAGCUCAAACGAAUUGGAUUAGCAAGAAGAAGAAAGAUUUGUUGGAUUAUGAUAGUUUGUGUGGUCCUGCACAUACUGUAAUGGAGUGGACUGUCACAGAUUUGGCUGUUGAUAUGCCUAGUUAUGCUAAUUCUAGUUGUGUAAACAAAACUGCAAGUGCUGAUGAUGCUGGAGGAUAUGUUUGUAGAUGUAAACAGGAUUUUUAUGAAGGCAAUCCUUAUCUUCCUUAUGGUUGUCAAGUUGUUAAAGAAUGCGAGGGUUGUGUACAAGACUGCAUUUCUCUUGGAAACCAAACCUUUCGAUGUCCCCAAAAGGAGGGAAAAGUAAACAUAACAGCAAUAGCAGUUGGACUUGGGCUAGGUAUUAGCUUCGCAAUAGUACUUGCACUACUUAGUGCAUAUUGGUUGUACCAUAUGAUGAAACGAAGAAGAAACAUUAGACUCAAAGCUAUGUACUUCAAGAAAAAUGGUGGUCUAUUAUUGAAGCAACAAAUGCCUGCUGAGGACAACAAUGUUAAUAAGAACAGCAAUAUUUUCACUUCAGAUGAACUCGAAAAGGCGACUGAUCGAUACAACGAAAAUCGAAUACUAGGCCAAGGUGGGCAAGGUACAGUUUACAAAGGUAUGUCAAGUGAUGGAAAGAUCAUUGCUAUAAAGAAGUCAAAAAUCGUAGAUGAAAGCCAAUUGAGUGUCUUUAUUAACGAAGUUGUGAUUUUAUCACAAAUAAAUCAUAGGAAUGUUGUUAGACUUCUAGGGUGUUGUUUGGAAACAGAGGUUCCUAUGUUGGUGUACGAGUAUGUGCCAAAUGGUACUCUUUCUGAAAACAUCCAUGUUGCGAAAGAAGAGUUCCCAAUCACUUGGGAAAUGCGGUUACAUAUAGCUACAGAUAUAUCGAAUGCUCUUUCGUACUUGCAUUCAUCAUAUCUAAUGCCUAUAUAUCAUAGAGACAUCAAAUCUUCUAAUAUCCUCUUAGAUGCUAAAUACAGAGCUAAAUUAUCGGAUUUUGGGAUAUCGAAGUCAUUGAGUAUUGAUCAAACCCAUGUCACAACUCGAGUUGUAGGUACAUUUGGUUAUUUGGAUCCAGAGUACUUUCAAUCGAACCAAUUCACAGAUAAAAGUGAUGUAUAUAGUUUCGGAGUAGUACUUGUUGAGCUUCUGAGUGGGCAAAAGGCGACUCGUGUGAUUGAUGAUGAAGAAAGAGGUAUUGUAACAUGGUUUGUUGGACAUAUGGAAGAUUCUUCAUUGUAUGAGAUAUUGGAUGCUAGAGUUAUAAGAGAAGGUAAAGAAGAAGACAUAAUGAUGGUUGCGAAUCUUGCUAAAAGAUGUGUGAACUUGGAUGGCAAAAGAAGACCAACGAUGAAAGAAGUUGCAUCUGUGUUAGAGACUGUAAGGUCAUCUCUGCAACAUGGAUUAACAAGGAAUCAAUCAGUCUUAAGCAACAACAACGACGACGAUGAUGAUGAUGGUGGUCAAUUGGCAUCUCUUUGGAUUGACAUUAUUACAAAACAUUAAUUAACUCAAACUCUCAAAGAAGUACAUUCAAUUGUUAGCUUCUUGAUGAUCAUUAUAGAUCUGUACUUUAGUAGCUCACGUUGAAUUGGAGUAAAUUUGAACCUUUGAAGAUAUUUCUGCAUGUUUGUUUUGUAUUAAACAUUGUAUUGCAGACUUUCAACAUUAUGUAUAUGCAAUUAUGCAUGUUUGUUUAUGAAGCUGAUUGUAAGAGAAUAUUUUGAUCGGUUUAAUUUAGACUGGUUGCUCUU